AUGCUGCGGACAAGACGUCAUUCAAAUGUGACUCCAUUAUUCCAGUCUCGUUCCAUGGGUGUCACUUUUUCUUUCAAGCCUUUCUUUGCAACGUUAUGGUCGUCUUCAUUGCGUGCUCAGAACGUAAAACCGACACGUUCGAGACCUUUCAAAGAACGUGGAGGAGGUCGAUGGCGCGAUGAAAAACGUCGUCCUCCUCUCAUGCGCACAAACGAUGGAAAGGACGUCCCGCAAUUGGCAGGAGAAGGUGUUUAUGGCAUUCACAGUGUGUUGCAGGUGCUAGCGAGUGGUCAUCGGGAUACACACGCUCUGUAUGUGAAAGAGGAGCGUUUCCCGUCGGACGGACACUACGCGCAGAAGAAAAAUGUGGCGAAUGUGCGAACUAUAGAACGCAUUAAGGAGUUGGCAAAGAUCAAUGGGGUGGAGAUAUACAAGACAAGCAAGUGGAUGCUCAAUCAUAUUACAGGGGACAAACCACAUCAAGGUGUUGUCCUUGAUGCUGCUUCGAUUCAAUUGAAAGAGUUUGUCCCGGCAACUCCAUCAGUAUUCACCAAAUCAACACGAGCGCCAGUGAUUUUAGUGCUGGACGAGAUUCAUGAUCCGCAGAAUUUAGGAGCAAUCCUCCGUUCUGCGCAUUUUUUAGGCUGCACGGCGAUUGUUGUGAGCGACCAGAACAGCGCUCCAUUGUCUCCGGCCGUCUCGCGCGCGUCAGUUGGUGCACUGGAAGUCUUGGUUGCUAAUGAUAAGUUGCUGAAGGCAAGGAAUUUGCAUGAGAUUCUUGUAGUCAGUGGCGACCUCGGCUGGCGAAUCGUUGGUGCUAGCAGUGGACCUAACUCCAUUACAUCCUCCAAGCUCUCAGAUUGCGCCCAACCCACGAUUCUUGUCAUGGGCAACGAACACCGUGGACUCCGCAAGGGUAUCCGCCAGUGCUGCCAGGAGAUUGUCACUAUUCCAGGGCAGGCUACGGACGACGACACAUGCGUGGACUCACUCAACGUCAGCGUUGCGUCCGCGAUUCUACUAUACGAGCUAUUGCGCUAG